AUGGAGAAAAUGAUCCCUAAGAUGGAUAAACCAAUUUGGGAGAAAUCUCUUCGUGACCUUUUUAUUAAAAAUAACAUUUCUUUCAAUGUUGUUCAAUCGGAUAGUUUCAUCAAUUUUGUGAAGUGCACAACCCGUUAUGGUCCUAGUGUUCCUAUUCCAAGUUAUGGAACCCUUCGUGGAAGAAUAAUUCCUGAAGCAAGAAAAGACCUUGAAAAAUAUGCUGAAGAAGUAAAAUUUUUUUGGAAGCAAACUGGUUGCACAUUCAUGUCUGAUUCAUGGACUGACCUGAAGAAGCGGUCAUUUCUUAAUGUGAUUGCUUAUUCCCCGGGUGGUGCUCUCUUUUUGAAGUCAGAGGAGUGUUCUCAUGCUAGAUUGGCUGCUCCUUAUAUAUUUGAUAUUCUUGACAGAGUGAUUCAAAGUAUUGGCCCAAAUUUAGUGGUUCAGCUAAUUUCAGACAAUGCAUCCAAUUAUUCAAGUACACUUGAUAUGCUUACUGGAAAGUAUCGUUGGUUGUUUAAGACUCGAUGUGCAGCCCAUGGUAUCAAUCUAAUGUUGAAGGACAUCUAUGAAAAAGUUUUUUGGAUUCAAGAAAUUUUUGUUGAGGCAAAAAGAAUUAUUGACUACUUGUACAAGUCAAUAAUUGUCUUACAAUUGAUAAGGAGUUUCACAAAAAAUGACCUAAAAUAUCCUUGCAAAACUAGAUUUGCUUCAAACUUUUUAAUGCUUCAGUCAAUUGUUGAAGUGGAAGAGAAGCUUAGACUCCUAGUUGCAUCAGCUGAGUGGAGGAGUCUAAGAAAUUCUAGAUCUGUUGAAGCAGAUAGAGUAGUGUACACUAUUCAAAGGGAGUCGUUUUGGAAUGAUUCAAAAGAGAUUUUGAGAUUUAUGGAACCAAUCAUUCGAGUUCUUCGUUUGGUUGAUGGUGAUGAGGCUACAUCAGGAUAUUUGUAUGAAGCAAUGGUAAGAGCCAGAGAGGUAUUGAAAAAGCUUUAUGAGGUUGACCAUUGGUAUAACCAAAUUUUGGAUAUCUUUGAUAAGAGAAGGGAUGAAAACAUUUUAAGUACCAUUCACUAUGCAGCUACUGUAUUCAACCCUGCUUAUUUUUUGAGUGAAAAAUUCAAAAAGAUUCCUCAAUUGAAAUAA